CUCUGGGAUACGGAAGUCGGACGUUUUAAUCCCGCGCUCACUUCGAGAUGAAGGCGAGUCAAGAAGAUGAGAGGAAAGACGAGGCCUUUCUCAUUUCAUGUCGGACCUCCACUUCCCGCCUCAACUGGUUAUAAGAAGCAAGAGGCUGUUGAGCAUGAAGAGAGGCUGGCGGCACGUCCGCCAUGAUGAGUCGAGGCACGUAUCCCCGCUCAAGCGUGUCUUUGUGGGGCUUGGAGGGAGCCAGCAGCUGCGCCUGCUAUUGAAUUCUGAUGCAGGCCGGCCUCUACAGGUGGAAAUGCUCUUAUCGAUACGGCCUGUCCGAGCCUGACCGCCGGCCGAUCCGUCUCAUUGAUGAUUUCAGGUGCCCCCCCCCUUAGGAGCCCCAUUGAUUAAUGUCUGGGCCAUGGCGGUAUUUCCAUAUUGAUACGUCGAUGGAUGACGGCGCUCCAGGAACAAGCUGUUAUUGAGCUGCUUUGCUUGAUGUGUUUAUGCCUCAUGCUCAUAAUGGGCCUGGGACUUUUAUUUAGAGCCAAGAUGGAGGUGUCAACAUGCGUCUAUUUCACUAGCUCUCAAUGAUAAAGCACAGCGAUUCAAGCAGAGAUGGAUGCCCCUGAAUUACUGUCAAAGAUUUCUGAAUCACCAGUUGUUACCAGAGAGGGGACCAUUUGAGCUCCUCAUCACCAAAUGAAUCAUAGAUCCGGCGUAGAGUCAUGUAGCCUUGACCAAUCGUGAGGUUUUCUUGAGUCGGACUCAACAGCACCUCUGCUGGUUGCUGCUAGUCCUCCAUGAUGUGUUUUGAGUGUGAGGGCCAGAGUGACGUCCAAUGGGACCUUGGCUGCCCUCUUCUUCCCAGCAAGGCCAACCUCCUCCUCAGCUGCCUGACAGUUCCAGGUGUUCAACUUUGGAGGUUCCACCGUUGGGGGAGUUGUGACUGACAUCUGCCGAGAUACGCACACACACAUUGUCAAGAGCCCUCAUCUGUGAAACGCCUGAAUGCAAAGCAGAAUAACAAGAUGGGACAACAAGCGAUGCCGUCCUGCAGGCUUUGAUCAGGAGGCCAGGGACGAGAGAGGAAGUGGGUCAGAAAGUUGUGCUGGAGACUGCAGGAGAACAAGGCUGGAAUAUCGAGUAGAGAUGCAGGAAAGCGGCGAGCGCGAGGGAGGGAGAGAUUUGAAACUCAGACCACGGACGAGACAGCCUAUCAGUAUUCAGCGGAGAAAGUGAUAAAACUGGACAUCUUGGAGCAAUGUGGGUGAAGUGUCUUUGCCCAAAGACACUACAGCAGUGACUGGGUUGGAGGUAGCAGGAUUCGGAUGAUGCACUCCACCUCCUGAGCCACGCCAUCCAUAAUUGAGGUGUGUUUUUCAACAGGACAGGACGGGCCCAUAUAGGAAGAGGAUGUGCGCGUUUGUGUGUGUGCGCAUGGCGGAAUCUCCCCACUUGUUUGGACUGUCCACUCCUCCGUCGCCGGCUCUCCUUCAUUCUUUCGCUCCGGCUGCUCAUCAGCAUUUGAAAGGCAACUUUGACAGUGAGAAAGAAAAGUGAAGAGGGAGGGAAGAGAGCGAUGGAGCUUGGUUGGUUGCUUGUGAGUGGUGGGGAGGGGUGGGGGGGGGGUGGUUGGGGUAAACGAAAAGCGUGAGGCAGGCGUAGAGCGCCAGGAAGAGACUGAGGCGAGGGGCUGAACAAGCAUGCCUUUUAUAUGUACUAGUGACUGAGAGAGGGAGAGAGAGAGAGAGAGAGAGCGAGAGAGCAGCUGAAGGCAGAGACAACUGGUGUGUGCACAGCUUUCCCUGGAGGAAAUGGAAAGAAAGAAGCUUCAGCGAGGAGAGAGGGAUGGAGGGUAGCAUGCCGGUUUGAUAGAGAGAGAGAGAGAGAGAGAGAGAGAAGGAGGCUGGAAGAGAUUCUCACACUGGCUGUGUCCUAAUCCGAGUCCAUCUCCUGGAGGCAGCGGAGCAGAGUGUUAGUGAAGUGAGUCUAAGAGGCGAGGAGAGGUACAUCAGCUAGCACACACACACACUAGGAGUCCACAAUGUGUCCGGCUUUGCUUCUGUGAAAGUAAAAGAGGGAGGCAAGGAGAGACUGACUGCCACGGUCCCAAGCCCAAUCGGCUUUACUCGCACACGCACACACACACACGUACACACACGCAAACAUAGUGUUUGUGUUUCGGCUUGAGGUGGUGGAAGAGGUGGCAGUGCAUUGGGGUGGGGUGGGGGGGCACCCAGGACAGGACAGGGCAGAGCUGGGGCACCGGAGAGGAGGAAGAGGAGGAGGAGAGAGACAAAGUGGAUGAGAUCAGAAGCAGCACAUCCAAUGCUGGAAAUGCCCGUCAGCAGAUCGCCUGCCAAUCAGAGCCUUCGUUAAGAGUGGCCGGGGCGCCAUAUUGGGAGAAGGAUGGCCACCAUGCCGUUUGUCAGUGAGGGGAAGUGUGUGAGUGUGGAGUGGGAUUUCCUACAAGGACUACUGGCCAAGCCUCCUACCCUGCCCUGUCUCCAGAACCUGCGCAAAGAAAAGUCGCGCAAUGCCGCCCGAUCGAGACGGGGGAAGGAGAACUUUGAGUUCUUCGAGCUGGCCAAGAUGCUUCCCCUGCCCGGUGCCAUCACCAGCCAGCUGGACAAGGCGUCUGUCAUUCGGCUGACCAUCAGUUAUCUGCACAUGCGCGCCUUUGCCAGUCAGGGGGACCCGCCCUGGAGCCCCCUGCUGGAAGGAGACAGCAACUGCAGUAAAGUAAGACGGUCUUCUCAUUCUCUGGCUACUGACAUAUUUGAACAGCACCUGGGGGCGCACCUCCUACAGUCUUUGGAUGGCUUUGUGUUCGUGGUCAGCCAUGAGGGACGCUUUCUUUACAUCUCAGAGACAGUUUCUAUCUACCUGGGACUCUCACAGGUGGAGCUCACAGGCAGCAGCGUGUUUGACUACAUCCACCCGGCCGACCACGUGGAGAUGGCCGAGCGGCUGGGGAUCAGGCCUCAUCUGCGGGCCGAGGCCGGCUGCCACACGGGGCCCGAGAGCGCUCCUUCCAGUUCCGCCUCAGCCUCCUCCCUGGCCGGGACGCCCGAGCCCGCAACUCCUUCCAGUCCUCAUUCUCCUGCUGAUGAGCCUCCCGACCGCGGCUUCUUUAUUCGCAUGAAGUCCACGCUCACCAAAAGAGGUCUGCACGUCAAAUCCUCCGGAUACAAGGUGAUUCACGUGACUGGGAGAAUCCGCUACCGGCCCACGCUGGUUCCGGGCUCCACACGCUCCAUGCACCGACCGAUGGGACUGGUGGUGCUGGCACACACCCUCCCCCCCUCCACGCUCAAUGAGGUCCGCAUGGAGAGCCACAUGUUCGUCUUCCGGGUCAACAUGGACCUGCAGGUCACGUACUGCGAGAACAGGAUAUCCGAGUAUAUGGACCUGACCCCAGCUGAGGUGGUGGGACGCACCUGCUACCACUUCAUCCACGUGGAGGAUCUGGAGAACCUGAGGCAAAGCCAUGAAGACUUGCUGAGGAAAGGCCAGGUAGUGACGGGCUACUACCGCUGGCUCCAGAAGAGAGGCGGCUAUCUGUGGAUUCAGUCCACGGCCACGGUGUCCAUAAACCACAAAGCCCCCCACGAGCGCAACGUCAUCUGGGUCAACUACGUCCUCAGUCGAACGGAGAUGCCCGACACCCCUCUGGACCUGCUGCAGCUGCCAGAGAGCGUCCGAGUGGAGAGACUUCGAGUCAGCUCCCCUCCCACAAACAGCUCCCCGCAGGCCAGAGGCUCGCAGCCAGCAAAGAGCUCGGUGGGGAAGAGUGACCCCGACACAAAGGACAGAGAGAAGUUCGCCGCCGCCGCCGCCGCCGUGCAGUCAGACACCAGGAGGAAGCGCCUGCUGAGGCCCGAUCACGAGGGCGCCCCCCCUGAGAGCCGCCGCAGGCUGGAAGAGCUUCGGCACGCCGAGGAGAGCGUGUCGGCAUCCUCGGACAUGGCCAGUGAGAGCGAGGGGGAGGAGGAGGAAGAGACGGAGUGGGAGCAAGGGGGAGACGGUGACAAAUUGAAACAAGAAGACGGGGGAGGGAAGCAGAGUAGGGGGGGAGACACCCCGACGAGAGGUGAGAGGGGAGGGAGGGUGCACAACGGGCGAGCUGUGAUCCAGCAGCUCAAAAGUGUCGUGACCCCGUCCCCGCUGCCUGGCAGCCCUAGCAUCAAGACUGAACAUGAAGCCCUGGCCACUGGGGGGCGCUGGGGGUCACACAGCAACCAGCCCCAACCCUCCCAUGCACACACCCCUUCCAGCAGCCUUAAUGGCGACAGCCCCACCACCCCAGUACCCGACUCCUCGUCCAGCAGCGAAGCCCCACCAAAGGGCUUGUUCACACCUCCUUCCCCGGCUCUGUCCCCAGUUAUGUCUGUGUCCUCCCCGCUGCCUCGUGAGGAGAGGUCUGUGCCAGGGGUGGUCAGUCGGAGCGGCGGGGGCGGGCCAGGCGGGGGCGGGCCAGGCGGGGGCGGGCCAGGCGGGGGCCCUGACUUCGAGCUCCUCCAGAGACUGGCUGCAGGGGGCGCAGCAGGGCGGGUGCUCUUCCAUCCCCUCGCCCUCGGCCCGCAGGGCCCCCAGAGCUUAUACGCCCCCAGCACCAUCCGCUACGCUCCCCCGGAGCUUCCCCCCUCUCAUCACCACAGCACCGGACACGGGGACGGUCUUCAACUGCGCUCGGACCACCACAAGGGGCCCCCGCCGACUUUCUUUCCCCAUCUGCAGCGACUAGCCGGCCUGCCGCCCUUCAACGGCUUCUCCCCUUCGGACAGUCCCUUCUCCUCCGGCCUGCCCUUCUGUAUGAACGGAUUGAGGGGGGCGGCCGGCCCCGAGGAGGACUGAGAAGAUGACAAAGAUGUUGAAAGUGGCAGGACAUUAAGCCUCUGAGGCUGCCACUAAUUGGACUUGAAUAACUGGGAUGUAAAACGUGUGACAAGGCGCCGCAUUUGGGAACUGUGACAAGUUGACGGGGGCUCUCGGACAAAAAAAAAAAAAAAAAAAAAUGGGACCACAUUUGAUGGGAUCUCCCAUAAGACUGUAUGACAAAAUAAUGAAAUGCACGUCUUGGGACGGACGACUUCAGUGUUUCUUCCACUCAGAGAAGCCAUAUUGUACAUAGAGACAACAACCAUGAAGACCCUCAGCUCACAUAGCCUCCCCCCGCCCCCAAAUGUCACCACAAUUAACCCAAUUAACACCCAUAGAGGAAAACAAAGAUGGACACUUGAUGGAGAGACUUUUUAUUAUUGCAGUAUUCUACCAAUAAUAUCUUUUUGCUUCCUUUCAAAUAGACGGAGGUGUUUUUUUCUAUUGAAAAGAAUUACAAAAAAUAAUUGAAAAGCACACAGACGGGGACAAAACAUGAGACAUUCCGUGAUGUUUAAGGGAAGAAAUGCAAUUCUUUUCCGUUUGUGACGGUAGGAAGGUCCUUGGUUGAGCUCAUUCAUCGUUAGCGUUGUGUGUCAUGGAAGCCAUAUUUUGUGUUGAUUUGUGUUGUUUCCGCGGAAAAGCAGUGAAUUCCAGUUGCACGGUGUCGUCACCAGACAUUUCAAGUGGGAAUUUGGAGCACUUACUGACAUGCUAAAGCACUUCUUAAAGCCGUGCGGUCCUGUUCAAAGCUGAAAACAACGUCAGAUAGCUGCUACACUGUGUGUGUGUGCGCGCAUGUGUGUGUGUGUGUGUGUGUGUGUGCAGCAGAGGGAAUAAAUAGUCAUUGAUGAUAAAGUAACGGACCAUAAAAACGGGUCAUAAAAUGACAGCCAUUAAAGUCUCUGUCGGGUCAAGAUACACAUUCAGUGUCAGCUAUGGAAUAGAACCCUCAAUUUAAAAAAAAAAAAUUAAAAGUCACUUUACUUUAGUUGGAUUUUACUCAUGAGUGGGGAAAAAAUAAGUCCUUUUGUCUGAAAUGAUGAUGGUUUGUACAAAAAGUGUGGAAAACAUGAUGCGAUUUUCACCUCAUAUAGAUGAUGAUAAUAAUAAUAAUAAUAAAAUAAGAAGCAACUUUUUUACAUUCUUUAGCACUUUGAAUCCCUGGAGAUCAUUAUGUGAAAUUACACCUCAUUUCAUUUUUAUCUGCUUGUCGAGAAAAAAAAAAAACGCCAUGCAUUGUUUUGCUUUCUUUUUGCCUCCCUUUCUUCCAAAUUGUGUGUGUGUGAUGGGAAAAACGUAUUGCGUAUUGUCUAAGACAAAGUGCGCAUAUUGUGUGUGUGUGUGUGUGUGUGUGUGAGUGAGUGGGUGUUGUUUUUUAUUGUUAAAUGAAAUGGCUAACUUCUUUGCCUAUCACUGUGAAUUUAACGCUACCCUCGCAUCCUUGUGAAUAUUCCAGCCGCUUUAUUGGACAAAAUGAUGAUCAAUGUAAAAAAAAAAAAAAAAAAAAAAAGAGAGAACCAGUGCUACAGAUGACAAUAACAAUAAAAUAUUCCAGUCA